AUGGUUUUCGAAAUAUCAUCUGUUAAAUCUGGUUCUCGUUUUGGUGGACUUUCAUCUAGUAAGUUCUUCGUUCGAAAUUGUCCUCAUCCACAACGUGUACGACAUCUUGAAGGUUUAAAUGGAUCAAUGAUUUGUAAUGUCAAUGAUGAUCUUACUCGAAAUCGUCCUAAACGUAAUAAGUCACUUAAUAUACAUAAAAAUAAUCUGCCUGUAAUUGAAAGAACACGUCGUGUUGAACGACUAGUGCCACCAGUAGAUUUUUGGCAUGCUCAUGGUGUUCUUCCUGAUACAGAUUCUUGGAAACAAGAAUUAGCUAGUCUAGCUACAGCUAGUGGUAUAGCAGUAGAAAAAGAUGAUCAAAAAUAUUCAAAUAAACCAUCAACAGCUGAUGAUCAAAAAAAUUCAUUACGUUCCGGUGCUCAUUAUUCAAGACAAACAGGACGUUUUAAUGAAGGAACUUCAAAAUCACGAGGCCGUACAGCAACUAAACGUGGUACUGGUCAAUCAGAAGCAUUAUUUAAUGUGCCUGAGAAUGAAAGAGACAUGUGGAUGUUACAAGUUCUUUGUCAAAUUCUUGAUACAAGUAAUUUGGAAGAUGUUCAAUCAUGGCUUGUUUCAUCUUCACCAUAUGAAAAAGAACAAGCUCGUACAAUGAUUAAUUCUGCAUUACAAGGUUUGAAAGAAUCUGAACGUACAUCACAUCAACUUAAUGAACCUAUUGAUUUUGAUUCAUUAUGUAAUUUUGUUGAAAGACAAAAAAAUGAAGAACAAAAUGCUUCACAAAAAUAUAUCAAUGAUGCUCUUAAUCAAACUGCACCUGUUUUACAAUCUGUUUAUGAACAAGAACAACAACCUAAUUAUGCUUUAAAUGAUACAUGGGAUGUAGGAUUAAAUAGUACGAGUAGUUAUAUUUUUGGAGCAAAUAACAAAAAUGAACCAUAUAAUGAAUAUGAACAAAAUCAACAACAAGAUAAUAAUCAAGUACAACAAACUGAGAUAUUAGAACUUGAUGAUGAUAAUCGACGACCUCAAACAACAUCACCAACAAAAGUAAUAAGAUUUGCUAAUAGCUAUGAAUCACCUAGACAACGACCGGUGACAAGUCUUAGACAUAGUUAUAAUGUUGAAUCUGCUCCAAGUAAUGAUGAUAUGGUCGAUUAUACUAUAAUUGAUAUGACUGGAAGUAAAACUAAAUUUGAUUAUGAAGAUUAUUUAGUGGAGAAAAAACGAUCACGUCGACUUCGUGAAUUACAAAAGAAAUUAGCACGUCAAGAAGAAGAAUCAAAAAAAUUAUUUGAAGAAUUACAAACAAAACAAAUACGACUUGAAAAUGCAAUUCGAACACUUGCUAAACAAGGUUCAGCUCGUAAUAAAAAUCCAGAUGGAUUACUUGAUCCGAUUGAAAAUCCACCAGUUGUCAACGUUAUCAUUCAACCACCAAAAGACAAGGAACAUCGUAGUAAAUCAAGUAAACCAAGAUAUACACCAUUUAUUCAUGCUGAUACAAAAUCUAAAAAAAAUCAAGAUAAUUAUAAUAUUGAAGAUGUUAAAGUACAAAUUAGUCUUUCACGUCUCGAUAAUCAACAACCUAAAGUUGUUUAUAGUGGUGGAUGGAAACCGGAUACUGAAACAUUGCCAUAUAUCCAAGGAUGUUAG